GAAACACCAGAAGAUAAAUUGUUGCCGGAUGCCUUGGUAGAGGCAUCGCUGUCAUUAUCUGAAUUAGCUUCAAGCGAAUUCGAUAGUGUUGCCGAUAUCACUAUCCCAGACAUAUUAAGCGUAUUUACAAGCGAUGGAUCGGAUCCCGGUUCUUUCCAGCUGGUGUCAAUGGAUGUGAGUAUUACUACCUCAUUGACUAGCGUACAGAGUUACCGCAAUGCGAGGGAAUUUUCUGAAGAUGAUGUUGACUCAGAACUGCCCAUCAGUAGCAGCAGUGACGAGGACAGUGUUCGGCAACCUGUUGCAGCACCGCCGGUCCAUAUUUCGAAGGUCUUCGAUUUGCCUUUGGAUAUUGACCCCAAAUAUGUACCCCGGUUACCAAGAUUACUGUCAGAGCACGUUAAAUUAGGAGUUCUGGGAAAAGUCUCUAGUGUCAUCAAAGGCUGUGUUGUCAUUGCAUCAUUGCCCAACUUGUCUCCUUUGGAUAAGGGCUCUGCUCUCUAUCUUCAAAACCGAAGACCGCUUGGUGAGGUGUAUGAUACAAUUGGUCCAGUGAGGUCGCCAUUCUAUGUGGUGGUUCAUGAGAAUCGACAGCCACCGAGCAGGCCUUUGAAGGCGCGCAGUGAGCGGACUACCGUAAACGACACUACCGCAAGUACAACCGUGACAUGUAGUGCUGCUGCAAUGACAGAGGCCCGGUCUGCACAGGACCUCCCCAAGUUGAGUGUGGAAGUCAGUGUGGGAGACGAGGUCUUCUACGUCUUGGACGAUCCUGCUCUCAGCAUAAAGAUUCUGUGUUCUGAGCUAUCGAAACUUCGUGGAUCUGACGCUUCUGGUCUGAAGGACGAGGAGAUCUCACCAGAUCAGCAGGAUUUCUCUGAUGAUGAGAAGGAAUAUGCGCACAGACGAAAGCUUGAGGGCAAGCGGUCCAAUUGUGCCAAUAGGCGAGGUUGGGGCGGAUCUGGUUUCAAUAAUGGGCGUUCGAAUCAUCUCUCACGGCAGGGAGCUUUUCGGUCUGGUGUCGGCGUUGUAUCGAGGCCUCGUGGUGGAGUAGGAGGAUGUGUCCCGAGUGCCGGUUUACGCAACGCUUACUCGUCCGGUCGGCCCAUAACUUAUCAACAAUCGCUACCUCCAUCAACACAACGGGGUGUUUUGCGCCCAUCAUUACUGGGAUCUCAUCAAACAAUCUCGCGGCAGUCGAUGCAGUUCAUACAGCAUCAGCCGAUAUCGUUUGCUUCUUGGAAUGUGGCUCCCAUGUCCUAUGCUUAUUGUGGGCCGCAGAUAACUGGAUGGGAAUUUACGAACCGGAGUUAUUUUCCUCAACAUUCUGCGAUACCACUGGGGGUGUCACCAUUGAAUCUGCGGCAGACUGCGGUGCAAGGGUCGCAUCGGGCUAUCUAUGAGGGCAAUUUUGAUGGUGUUGUUGAUCCAACACCACUGCCUGCAUUCACCACUGGCACUCCGCCACAUCAGGAGGAUCCACCGGCGUUCUAG